GCGGCGGCGGCUGGGCGGUGCGGGCCGGGGCCAGGGCCGGAGCGGGAGCGGUGAGGGGCGGGGGAGCCGCGCCGCCGCCUCCUGCUCUCCUCUUCUUCCUCCCGCAGCCGCCCCUGCCCGUCGAGGCAGCGCUCCCAGGCUCCCCCGGGGCGCUCGGCAUGAGGAGGAUCAGGGCUAAUGCCAUCGCCAUCCUGACCGUCGCCUGGAUCUUGGGCACUUUCUACUACUUAUGGCAGGACAACAAGCCCCGCUCGGCGGCUGCCGGCAGGUCCGCCGGGGGCGGUAGCGGCGGCGCCCGGAGCGGGCAGAGGGCGGCCGGCAGGCUGGAGCUGCGCCGGGAGGAGAGGACCAUCCCCCUGAUCAUGACGAGGGCUCCCCCGGGAGAGAAGAGCAGCCGGCGGGGCUUUGAUGAGAAGGCUUACUUGUCCUCCAAGGUGCUGAAGGCUGGAGAAGACCCCUACCGCCAGCACGCUUUCAACCAGCUGGAGAGUGACAAACUCAGCAGCGACCGACCCAUCCGGGACACCAGGCACUACAGGUGCACUUCUGUACGCUAUGACACUGACUUGCCAGCCACCAGUGUCAUCAUCACCUUCCACAACGAGGCGCGAUCUACCCUGCUCCGCACGGUGAAGAGUGUUCUGAACCGCACCCCUCCCAGUCUCAUCCAGGAGAUCAUUUUGGUAGAUGACUUCAGCUCAGAUCCUGAGGACUGCCAGCUCCUUACCAAGAUCCCAAAGGUCAAGUGUCUACGAAACACCCAUCGAGAAGGGCUGAUUCGCUCUCGGGUGCGAGGGGCUGAAGUGGCAGCUGCUGACAUCCUCACCUUCUUGGACAGUCACUGUGAAGUCAACAGCGAGUGGCUGCAGCCAAUGCUUCAGAGAGUGAAAGAGGAUUAUACCCGAGUGGUGAGUCCAAUCAUUGAUGUUAUCAGCCUGGAUAAUUUUGCCUACCUGGCAGCAUCAGCAGAUUUGAGGGGAGGGUUUGACUGGAGCCUUCACUUUAAGUGGGAACAGAUUCCUAUAGAGCAGAAGAUGUCCAGAACAGACCCAACUCAGUCUAUAAGAACCCCUGUCAUAGCAGGAGGCAUCUUUGUGAUUGACAAGUCCUGGUUUAACCACCUGGGAAAAUAUGAUACUCAAAUGGACAUCUGGGGAGGAGAAAAUUUCGAGCUCUCUUUCCGCGUGUGGAUGUGUGGUGGCAGCUUGGAGAUUGUUCCGUGCAGUCGAGUGGGACACGUGUUCAGGAAGCGCCAUCCCUAUGACUUCCCUGAGGGCAACGCGCUGACCUACAUCAAGAACACCAAGCGCACAGCAGAGGUGUGGAUGGAUGAGUACAAGCAGCACUACUACGAGGCCCGGCCCUCGGCUAUCGGCAAGUCCUUCGGAAGUGUUGCAGACCGAGUGGAGUUGCGACACAAGCUGAACUGUAAAUCCUUCCAGUGGUAUCUGGAGAAUGUCUACCCCGAGCUCAAGAUUCCUGAAAAAGAGUUGAUUCCAGGAAUAAUUAGACAAGGAGGAAGCUGUCUGGAAUCUCAGGCACAGGAUACCACAGGGAAUGUGUUGGCUGGCAUGGGAAACUGUAAAGGGACAGUGAACAAUCCACCUGUCACUCAGGAGUGGAUAUUCAGUGACCCUUUAAUUAGACAGCAGGACAAGUGUCUUUCCAUUGCCUCCUUCUCUACUGGUUCUCAAAUCACACUGGAAGCUUGCAAUCAAAAAGAUGGCAGACAGAAGUGGAAGAUGAAAGGCAGCUUCAUUCAACACUUUGUCAGCGGUCUCUGCCUGGAAAACCAGACUGGAAGAGUGGUGACCAACCCCUGUCAAGCAGGUGUACCUGGCCAACAGUGGGAGCUGCUACAAGCAACAUGAUGGUACUGCCUCCUUCCUCCCUGCUCCCACCGUGUGUGUGCAGCUUUCUUGCAGUUCCUCCUCCAUAACCACUCUGGGACCAGGACCCAGCUCCUCUACAAACAAUGCUCCUGACUGCUGCAGACCACAGAAGCUCUGCUCAUUUACAGUCUCCAAGCUCUGGGCCAGCCCUAGUUCAAAGGGCUCUUGUCAGCACGAUGACUGCUGCCCUUGGCUGUGUGUUUGGCCCCAUGCUGGAGGCUGCUGGCUGCUCCUGGGGCACACAUACCUGGACUGGCUGUGUUGAUUCGUGCCUCUCUUCCUACUGCUCUCCUGGCAGAGUGUGAACUGGCAUCCUUUUGGGCUGUAGCUGGGGCUGCUGAAGAUGGGACACUGCUUCAGGUGCCGUGGGCUGGGGGAGGAAAGGGCAAAGGUGGACAUGUGCUAGAUGUCAGUAACUCAAAUUGCUUGUGGAGUUUGGAGCUUCAUUUUUUUAAUUCUACCUGGUUUUGGACAUGUUCACCUGAGGUCACCUCCCAACUGCUCACUCUUCUGUCAGCUAAAGCAUUGCUUUAGCUCAACUCAGACCUCCCCACACAUCAUCUUUUGGAAGCUGUUGGUUUCCACUGUAUUUUAGCAGUUGCUGAAAAGGAGGUACAUUACAAAAGGCUGCUGUCAAGUGUGGGCAAACUGAACUUCUUCUUGGAAUAAACAAAGUCUUGUUCAAUCUCAGUAUUAGCAUACUCUACAUUUCCCUUGCACUGAAGGGAAGGAAGAACAAGGUUAUCUCUACUUUUUUCCCCAUGGUCCACCCACUGCCAUGUUUUGUAACAGGUGUCAGGAUUUCUCCAAGCAAACUGACUGUAACAGUCAGACCAAGCAGCUGCUCACCCUUGUUUUCCUGUUUACUUUAAACAGCCCCCUAGACUGUCAAGACAGAAUUUGCAUUGGUAAUACCCUAAAAGAAAGCUGUUACUGUAUCAGAGCAUCCAAUGUAAUUUCCUGUGCUGUGGACCAAUGGGAGUUUAUUUAAGAGGAGCUGAAUCUACUGUUGUACAGAAAUCAGAUUCAAAAGGUUUAUUUUUCCCACUCACUUGUAAGUUGCACUUUGCCAGAUGUAAUUUAUGUGGAACCCAGAUUUGUUUUCCUUUUUCUUCAAAAAAAGCAUGUGCCAGAAUCUGUUUAAUGCCUGGAAUAAAAUCCAUUUUGAAAUAA